AACAAACUCAUAAUAGUAAUAAUAGUGCUAUUGAUAUAUAUAUUAUUCCUAAUAGGCAAAUAAAAUUAUAAUAUAAUUAAACAUUACAUAAUAAUAACUUGUCUUUUUUUUUUUUUUAAAAAAUUAAGGCACAUACACAUACAAAUAUAUAUUUUUUUAUAUAAUCUUUUAAAUUGUCAGCUUACACAAUUGUUUUUAAAAUAGUUUAUAAUAAAAAAUUUAACAUAUAUAAUAAUUUUUAAUCUUUAUAUAAUAAUAAUAAUAAACAAAUUCGUAUAAUAUUUAAAAUGAAUAAAAUAGAAUUAAUUGAAAAAUAUACAUACCAAAGUGGUUUUGGUAACAAUUUUGAAUCCGAAGCUGUCAGAGGUGCUCUUCCAAAGGGUCAAAAUACCCCACAAAAUUGUCCAUAUAAUUUAUAUGCUGAACAACUUUCAGGUAAUGCUUUUACCGUUGGUAGACAUGCACAACAAAGAUCUUGGUUAUAUCGUAUUAGACCAUCAGUUUGUCAUACUCCAUUCAAACCACUCGAAAAGGGUGCAGAGUUACUCGCAGAUUUAAAUAAUUUACACAUUGACCCAAAUCAAUUAAGAUGGAAACCAUUCCCAAUUUCAGAUAAACCACACGACUUUGUUGAUGGUUUAAUUACUAUAGGUGGAGCUGGUCAUCCAUCAGUUCGUCAUGGUAUUGCUAUUCAUAUUUAUACUGCUAAUCAAAAUAUGGAAGAUAAAUCAUUCUAUAACUCUGAUGGUGAUUUCUUAAUUGUUCCACAACAAGGUACAUUAGAUAUCCAAACCGAGUUUGGUAAUUUACAAGUUAAAUCUGGUGAAAUUUGUGUUAUUCAAAGAGGUAUUUGUUUCAGUGUUUCAGUUGAUGGACCAACUAGAGGAUAUAUUUGCGAAGUAUUUGGUUCACACUUCAAAUUGCCAGAUCUUGGUCCAAUUGGUGCCAAUGGUCUUGCUAACCCAAGAGAUUUCCUUUCACCAGUUGCUGCAUUUGAAAAGAAAGAUGGUGUUGCCCAUACCAAGAUUAAUAAAUUUUUAGGUAAACUUUACACUGCCCAACAAAACUUUUCACCAUACAAUGUUGUCGCAUGGCACGGUAAUUAUUGCCCAUACAAAUAUGAUUUAAGUUUAUUCUGUGCUGUCAAUUCAGUUACCUACGACCAUUUAGAUCCAUCCAUUUUCACAGUAUUAACUGCACCAACUAACGAACCAGGUGUUGCCGCUGCCGAUUUUGUCAUUUUCCCACCACGUUGGUUAGUUCAAGAAAAUACAUUCAGACCACCAUACUAUCAUCGUAAUUGUAUGAGUGAAUUCAUGGGUUUAAUUCGUGGUGUCUACGAAGCAAAGAAAGAAGGUUUCCUUCCAGGUGGUGGUAGUUUACACAGUUGUAUGACUCCACAUGGUCCAGACGCUGAUACUUUCGAAGCUGCUGUCAAGGCUGACCUCAAACCAUCCAAGAUCCCAGAUGUUGCUUUAGCUUUUAUGUUUGAAUCAUCACUCAUUUUAGGUAUCUCUGACUAUGCUAAAAAGAAUUUCAUUGAUGACGAUUAUUGGAAAUGUUGGCAAGGAUUAAAGGAUAAUUUUAAUGAACCAAAAUCAUUCAAUUAGAUUAUCUAUUUUUAAUAAAACAAAGCAAUAUUAUUCAAUUAAAAAACCCAACAAACACCAACAAAUAAGCAAUAUAUAAAUAAUAAACUAUUUUUUAAAAAAUAUAUAAUUAAAUAUUUUUUAAAAUCUCUUCUCAAUAGUAAAUAAAAAAUAAUCAAUUUUAUUUUAAAAAUAU